UAUCAGUCAACGUUCGUUCUCGACCAGACAGAAAUCAGCCAACAUGUUCAAGUUUGUGAUGAUCCUCGCCGUUGUGGGAGUGGCUACCGCCCUGGCCCCAGUCUCCCGCUCCGAUGAUGUCCACGCUGAUGUGGUUUCCCGAUCGGACGACGUUCGUGCCGAUGGAUUCGACACCAGUCUACACACCUCGAACGGAAUCGAGCAGGCCGCCAGCGGAGAUGUCCAUGGCAACAUCCACGGCAACUUCGCAUGGAUCUCCCCCGAGGGCGAUCACGUGGACAUCAAGUACGUGGCUGAUGAGAACGGAUACCAGCCCUCGGGAGCCUGGAUCCCCACUCCUCCUCCAAUCCCAGAGGCCAUUGCCCGCUCCCUCGACUGGCUGGCGUCUCACCCCUCAGCACCCGAGCAUCCCCGUCAUCACUAGGACUCGUCACCCGGAUCCCGGACCAAACCACGGACUGUUCUCCCGAAACAUAUCGCCCUAGUUGUUUAGCUGUCCUUCUGGACUUUCAAAAAAAUAUAUGCACAUGCUUAUAGCAGUAUAAAUGUUUGUGUU